AUGGGCGACGCUAGAAGCAAGGCGGGCAGCGCCAGCUUUUGCGGAUUGAGGUCUUCGGCUGGAGCAACAACGGGCGACGUUAGGUUUGGAUUCGGUGUGGUUGAUAAGAAGCCGAACGUGAAGAGGAGUGGCGCCUCCGUAGGCAACGACGUUGUAGGUACUCCAUGCGAGGUCCCAACGCUAGGAGCCAGUCCUAGAUCAGGCCUAAAUGACACCCCAGGCCACGGGGGUGAGGCUAUUGCUGUUGAUAAUGCCCCGGGGGACAGUGACAUGAUAGGCAGCACUCCAUGUUCUAAUAGCGCCUUAGGCUCUAGUGCAAACAAGCGUAAGGUUUCGAGCGACAACUCAAGUAAACGGAGCCCAGAUGGUAGGGUGCCCAGUGCUCAUAGGGGGUACUCGCUUUGA